GGCAGGAGCGCGCAGGCGCGCGCUGAGGCCAGAGCGCCGCUGCCGUCGCCGUCACCGUCGCCGCCGCCGCCGCCGCCGCUCGCUGCCGCCAUUUUGGAUCCGCGGCCGCCCUCAGAGUGAGGGGCGAGCGAAGGAGCCAGGCCGAGGCCGCCGUUGCCGCCCGGCUCCGGCCUCGCCCGACCACCCGCCACCAGCAAACAGCAGCAAGCAGCCGCCAUCCGGCCUGCGGGAUGAGGCGGCGUCCUGGCCGCGAUACGUGAGAAGAUGCUGGCCGCCGACGUCCGGAAAGAACUCCCUACGGACCGCGUGCCUGCCGCCUUUUAAGAGAAGGAGAGUUUUGCCAGGGCACAUAACUGGGAUGGACCCUCAGAAUACUGCUAUGUUAGGGUUGGGUUCUGGUUCUGAAGGGUUUUCUUGGAAGAACCCCUCUGCGGCCGCCACGGGAGUUAGGCGAGACGCGGAGCUGAAUGGUAGCACCAAAGAGGAAGAGGAGGAGAAGAGGAAGAACCGGGAGAAGAGCGGCGGUAAUGAGGCGGGGAAAGAGGGGAGCCUGUCUGAGGCCCAGCAACAGUUCUCGGUGAAGGAGACCAACUUUUCCGAGGGGAAUUUAAAACUGAAAAUUGGCCUGCAGGCUAAGAGAACUAAGAAGCCCCCCAAGAACUUGGAAAACUAUGUCUGUCGCCCGGCCAUAAAGACCACUAUUAAACAGCCCAGGAAGGUGCAGAAAGUCGGGAAGAUGGGUGAGGAGAAGAACGAUCCGGGAUCUGCCAAGCAGCAAGACCUCUCCAAGCUGACUGUGGAAAGCUUGCUUGCUGAGAGCAGAACCAGAGACAGCAGCCCGGCUUUGAAGAGGCUUUCCCCGCUGCCUUCGGACGGGCUCGACUACACGAAGCCGGCCUUCUCCGCUCCCAUCAGCAGUCGCGACCCUGACUUGAAAGAACGAGCCAAUGGACCCCCGACGGUAACGGAGAAACUGGCCCAGUUGAUCGCAACCUGCCCUCCGGGAAAGUCUUCCAAACCAAAGCAGAAGAAGCCACCCAUGACGGUUGUGUCUGGAUUUGCUAAGGAUUCCGGGAAGAAGCUGCCGAUGGCCGGGGCCACAGCGGCUACUGCCACCAAGGACUUCCCCAAGAAACCAAUCUCCAGUGGCACCAUCGACCUCGACUUGGUUAACAAGGAGUUUGUCAAGAAAGCGCCAGGAACCGGCGGCGGUUCUUCCGGGAAUUUAAUUAGUAAGGAAAACGGGAGCAAAAAGCAGCCAGGGUCCUGCCCGAGCGUGGCCGGGCUCACGAGCAAGGACUGUGAAAAAAGGCCACCCAUCCUUAGCUCUCCAUUGGGACUGGUCAGCAAGGAAGGUGGGAAAAAAACCCCAUUGGUGACAAGCAUGCCACCGGCCAGCAAAGACUGUGGGAAAAGGCUGCUGGGGACCAGCACUCCCAUCGGACUGGUCAACAAGGAUCCUGGGAAAAAAUCACUCGGCGUGGUCAGCCCUCCCAGAUUGAUUCAUAAAGACUCGGUAAAGAAGCUUCCGUUACCUGGAAGCGCAGUUGGAUUAUUUAAUAAGGACGUCGCAAAGAGACACCUGGGGUCCGACGGUCCGGUUGGAUCGGUCAGCAAGGACUCGGUGAAGAAGCCUCCGGGUUUUGGGUCCUCGAGCGGAUUGAUUAACAAAGACUCCGGAAAGAAGCCAUCGGCAGCCGGGCCCCCAAUGGGGUUGAUGGCGAAAGAGUCCCUCGUCAAGAAACACACAGGGGUGGGCAUCAUGGCCUCUCUGACUUCGAAGGACUCUGGGAAGAAAUUGGUGGGGAGCCCCAGUUUGGCGGGGCUAGCCAGCAAGGACUUGGGGGCGCUGAAGGCCGACGCCAUGAACCUUCCGACGGAGCCCUACAAGCGGUGUUGCGGCAGCGGUUCCCUCCCUCUGGAAAGCCACGUGUCCCCCGGUCUCCUGAAGGACGGGGCCGGGGGCAGCAAACCCUUUGAAAAGCACCUGGCGAGACAGAGCAGAGACAGCCUCCCCGAAAAAUUGCCAGCCCAGCGAGACAUUUCCAGCGGAGGCAAAGACGGAGCCCGCGGUCAGCAGGAGAGCCCUCCCGGCGAAAGGGGCACGUCCGAGUCCUCAAAACAAGAGAAGCAUCUCCCGGUGUAUUGCACGUCUCCCGAAUUCAGGACCGCCGGAGGCGCGUCGGAGAUCUCGACCGCCAAGUCUCCGUUUAGCGCCGUAGGAGAGGGGGGCCUCCCCUCCCCUUCCCCAACUGCUUCGGUCGCUACUUUAACCCAUAGCCCCCCGACGGCGCUGUCUCAGGUCCCUUCCAAUCCAUUGCAUGCCAACAUGCCAGAGCUCUUAGACAGCCUAUCCGAACAGGCCAGCAAGGUUCCAUCUGUCUCCGACAGCGCCCGCUCCGGUAUGAACAGACUGGGGAAUCCUGGCUUGUACGCGUCCAGCAAAGGGGUUGUUCGUGAGAUCAGCAAUUUUAACUCGGCCUGCCCUGAGGAAUCAAAACUGGGUCCGGCCACGGGCAAGAAAGCCAGCCUGGUCAGCGAGACCAACCUCCACGCUUCCCUUGCCCCUUCGGUGGUCAGCUUCUCCAGCUUGUUCAACAACAAGCCCUUUCUGAAGAUGGGGGCGAUGAGCUCCUUAGGGAAACCGAGGCCAGGCCUGGAGAUCCUGAGAGGCAGCAGUAGCACCGACUCCCAGAGCAAGCCCUUAAAGAAACGGAAAGGGAGGAAACCCCGCUGGACGAAAGUCGUCUCCCAGGGCGCCUGCCAGUCUCCCAAAGAGCUUGAGUUAGGUAGGCCCGAGCUUUUAAAAAACAUGCCUUGCGGCGCGCUCUCCGGCGGCAGCCUGGACCAGGCCAAGCUCUUUGAAAGCGUGGGCCCGCCGGCCUUCGCCGAGCACGACUUCCUGAAGCGGCAUUUGCCCAAGCUGAGCAAAAGCGGCAGCUUGCAGCCGCUCUCUCUCCUGGGCAGCGUGGAGAAGGAGCCCGGCAAGUUCUACAGCGCCCACAUGCCGACCUCUGUGGGCUGCCUUUCGGACGGCUUGUUCCCCGAUGUAUACAAGUCCAAACGGAACCGGUCGAAAUCCAAGGAGAUGCCCCAGUUGGAAGGGCCUCCCAAACGGACCCUGAAGAUCCCGGCCUCCAAGGUCUUCUCCUUGCAGUCCAGGGAAGAGCAGGAACCCCCCGUCUUGCAUCCAGAGGUGGAGAUCCCUUCCCUCCGCCAGAGCCUGGCGGGGCAAGCGUUCCCCAAGAAGCGGGGCCGCCCCAAACGGCAGAUCCGCUCGGGGAUCCCCAUGAAGCCGCCCGUCCUCUCCGCCGCCCCUUUCGUCAGCCCGGAGAGCACAGACAAGAUGGAGGACACCCUGGACCAGCCGCCCGGCGGGGACUUUUUCGAAAGCAGCAGCCAGCUCGGCAGCCCCGAAGAAAACGGCGACUCCAGCACCGGCAGCGCCAGUGAACCGGAGGGCGAGCCGGAGUGCCAGGAGGUCAAACGCAGCAAUGGGCAGCUGGUGAAAACCAUCAUUCGCAAAAUCAACAAGAUGAAGACGCUCAAGAGGAAGAAGAUCCUGAACCAAAUCCUCUCGUCGACGGAGCCCAACAAAGGGAAAGUGCCAUCCAAAGCCCACACCAGCGUCUCCAGCUUGGCGGCCACCUUCAGCACCAAACUGGGCCAGCAGAUCAACGUCAGCAAGAAAGGGACCAUCUACAUCGGCAAACGACGGGGUCGGAAGCCCAAAGCCAACUUGAACAGCCUUUUGGCGGCCAGCUCUAGCUUCGCCGUCCUGGAGAAAUCGGGCCAACAGGCCGCCGGAGGGAUGCUGGGACAAGCAGGGACCCCCUUGCUCCCUCCGGGCCCGAGCAGCAACCCCGAGGUCCUUCCAUCCCCUGUUUGCUCUCAGUCGUCGGGAACCAGCGGCGGGCAGAGCCCCAUCAGCAGCGACAUGAGCUUUGUGGAGCCCAGCUCGGUGCCGUGUUUCCACUUGCACGGCCGGCCCGGGAGCGUGGUUCAGACCUUGGCGAUGAGGAAGGCCUGCCGGGCCAGGCGGAGGCUCUCCCCCCCCACUCUGCUCCCCAACUCUCCCUCCCACAUGAGCGAGCUGGGCUCCCUGAAGGAGGCCACCCCCUCCCCAAUCAGCGAGUCCCACAGCGACGAGACGGUCCCUAGCGACAGCGGCAUCGGCACUGACAACAACAGCACCUCAGACCGGGCGGAGAAGUUCUGCGGGCCCAAGAAGCGCCGGCACUCCUUCGAACACGUCUCCCUGGUGGCCCCCGAGGCCUCGGCCGUGCUGAGCGGCCUGAAGGAGAAGCACAAGCACAAGUGCAAGCGCCGGGGCCACGACUACCUGGCCUACGACAAGCUGAAGCGGCCCAAGCGCAAGCGGAAGAAGAAGUUCCCCCAGCUGCGGGGCAGGCAGGACCCUGACUUCCUGGCCGAGCUGGAGGAGCUGAUCAGCCGGCUGAGCGAGAUCCGCAUCACGCACCGCAGUCACCAUUUCAUCCCCCGGGAUCUGUUGCCCACCAUCUUCCGGAUCAACUUCAACAGCAUCUACAGCCACCCCAGCUUCUCCCUGGACCCUUUGCACUACCUCCGCAAGCCGGACUUGAAGAAAAAGCGGGGGCGGCCCCCCAAGAUGCGGGAAGCCAUGGCCGAGAUGCCCUUCAUGCACGGCCUCAGUUUCCCUCUUUCCGGGACCGGAUUCUACCCUUCUUACGGCAUGCCUUACUCUCCGUCGCCCCUGGCGGCUCCCAUCGGCCUGGGCUAUUACGGACGCUACCCCCCCACCCUUUACCCUCCUCCCCCCUCCCCCUCCUUCACCGCCCCCCUCCCUCCCCCCUCUUACAUGCAUGCCGGCCACCUACUCCUCAACCCCGGCAAGUACCACAAGAAGAAACACAAGCUGCUGCGCCAGGAGGCCUUCCUGACCGCCAGCCGGGCCCCGCUUCUCUCCAUGAGCACCUAUCACCCCAGCGUCCCGCCCGAGAUGGCCUACAGCUGGAUGCUGGAGCACAAGCACCGCCACCGUCACAAGCACCGGGAGCACCGCUCCUCGGAGCAGUCGCCGGUCCCCCUGGAGGCCUUGGCGCCUGCCGGCUCUUCGCGGACGGUCUUAGAGUCCCUGAAACGCUACCGGUUUGGGAAAGAGACCCUGGGCGAGAGGUACAAGCAUAAGGAGAAGCAUCGCUGCCACUUGACUUGCCCGCACCUCUCGCCCCCCAAGGGGCUGCUGGGCCGGGAGGAGCAGUGGGCCCGGCGGGAGACCCCCGAGAGCAGCCCCCUGACCUUGGGACUACAGACCCCUUUGCAGAUAGACUGCUCCGAUUCGCCCCCCAACCUCCCGUUGGGGAGGUUCACUCCGAGUUCCGAGCCGGCCAGUAGCGACGAACAUACCAAUCUGUUUACCAGUGCAAUAGGCAGCUGCCGCGCGACGGGCUCAGCCGCAGGGCGCAAGAAACUGUCGGAGGGCUCAGGACUUUUCAGCCCCCAGGAAGCAUCGGUCGGCCGCCCCCUCCGGAAGGAGGCUCUACCUGCCAACGAGAAGGCCGUGCAAGGCCUUACAGGCGCCCUUCCAGGUCAGGAAAAGCUCUCGCAGAGACCGAUGGAGGGCACCAGUUGCAGUCCUUCCAGGAAGAGGUCUUCCUCCGAGAGCACAUCUUCCACAGUGGUCGGGAUCCCGGCGCGCAGUUCCAGACUCGGCUCGGCCUUGGAGGAUUCGGCAGAUCAGCUCCUGCAGCGCAUGGCUCACCACGAGAGCCAGGCAGCCUUGGACAAGACCCUCGAGUGCGUCCUGGCCAGCGCCCCCGCCCUCCCCUCGGACAGCCCCAGCCGCAGCCCCGGCCGGGAGAAGUCUUGCGAGCUCUUGAUCCCCGGGAAUCCCACCAGCGCCGGCGGCGUCAACGACGGCCUUUCGCUCCUCUCCGGCCGCUUGUCCGGCGGCUGCCCCCCGCCCCACCUCAAGAGGAGCGUGGUGGAGGCCAUGCAAAGCCAGGCCCGCCGGAUGUGCAAUUACGACAAGCUCUUGGCCACCAAGAAGAAUCUGGACCACGUGAACAAAAUCCUCAAAGCCAAGAAGCUUCAAAGACAAUCGCGGACCGGCAAUAACUUUGUCAAACGCCGGCCGGGCAGGCCCAAGAAGGACCCUUCCACGCCGGCCGUCUCUCCCCACGGGCUCCAGGUGAGCCGGUUCCUCGGCCCCGAGAUCAGCGGCGGUGACGGCGGCAGCGGCAGCAGAGAUCCCGUCUGCCUCCUCCACCGCGGCCCCGACACGGUGACCGACGCCAUCGAGUCGGUGGUGCAGGGCGUGACCGAGAAAGCCUGCAAGAGGAAGAGGUGGCUGGAAGAGGAGCAGGCCAGGAAGAAGCAGAAGCUGCUCCCCGGCGAGGAGCAGCAGCAGAACAGCCAUCAGAGCUUUUCAGAAGCCGCCCCUGACCCUCUUCCUCCUCCCCCUCCUCCUCCCCCUCCUCUUCCUCCCCCUCCUCUUCCUCCCCCUCCUCCCCCCGCGGAGGCUGCUGGGAAGCCCCCGGAAAAAGCCGAGCAGCCGUCCUCGGCCCCCCUGGUCCAGCGGGAGAAGAAAGCGGCCCGCCCGCCGAAGAAGAAGUACCAGAAGGCCGGGCUCUAUUCGGACGUGUACAAGACCAGCGACCCCAAAAGCCGCCUGAUCCAGUUAAAGAAAGAAAAACUGGAAUACACGCCCGGAGAGCACGAAUACGGCUUGUUUCCCGCGCCUAUUCACGUAGGAAAAUACCUUCGGCAGAAGCGAAUCGACUUUCAGUUGCCUUACGACAUUCUCUGGCAGUGGAAGCAUAACCAGCUGUAUAAAAAGCCAGACGUCCCACUUUAUAAAAAAAUCCGUUCAAACGUUUAUGUAGACGUGAAACCUUUUUCUGGUUACGAAGCCACCACUUGCAACUGCAAGCAACCUGACGACAGCCGGAAAAGCGGAUGCCUGGAUGACUGUUUGAACAGGAUGAUCUUUGCCGAGUGCUCGCCCAACACGUGUCCCUGCGGGGAGCAGUGCUGCAACCAGCGCAUCCAGAGGCACGAGUGGGUCCAGUGUCUGGAACGCUUCCGGGCGGAGGAGAAAGGCUGGGGCAUCCGCACCAAGGAGUCCCUCAAGGCUGGCCAGUUCAUCAUUGAGUACUUGGGGGAGGUCGUCAGCGAGCAGGAAUUCAGGAACCGGAUGAUCGAGCAGUACCACAACCACAGCGAUCACUACUGCCUCAACCUGGACAGCGGCAUGGUGAUUGACAGCUAUCGGAUGGGCAACGAGGCCCGCUUCAUCAACCACAGCUGCAACCCCAACUGCGAGAUGCAGAAAUGGUCGGUCAACGGCGUUUACCGGAUCGGCCUCUACGCUCUGAAGGACAUGCCGGCCGGCACCGAGCUGACUUACGACUACAAUUUCCACUCCUUCAACAGGGAAAAGCAGCAACUCUGCAAGUGCGGCUUCGAAAAAUGCCGAGGGAUCAUCGGCGGCAAGAGCCAGCGAAUGAACGGCCUGCUCAACAAAGGCAACCAGAUGGUCCCAGCGCAGAGGCGGCCCAGCCGGUCCAAAGAGAAGAGGAAGUCGAAGCACAAGUUGAAAAAGAGGAAGGGCCACAUUCCGGAAGACCCCGGGGAGAACUCCGCCCCCCCAACUCGGUUGACCCCCCACCUGCAGAUGAAGCCCAUGUCCAACAGGGAAAGGAAUUUUGUGCUGAAACACCACGUUUUCCUGGUACGCAACUGGGACAAGAUCCGUCAGAAGCAGGAAGAAGUCAAGCACGUCAGCGACAACCUCCACUCGCCCUCCUUGUACACCCGCUGGAAUGGGAUGUGUCGGGACGAUGGCAACAUCAAGUCGGAUGUCUUCAUGACCCAGUUCUCCGCCCUGCAGACCGCCCGUUCGGUCAGGACGCGGCGGUUGGCAGCUGCCGAAGAAAACCUUGAAGUAGCCCGAGCGGCCCGUCUUGCGCAGAUCUUCAAGGAGAUUUGCGACGGCAUCAUGGCCUACAAAGAUUCCUCCAGGCAAGUCCUGGCCACCCCUUUGCUGCUGCUUCCUCCGAAAAAAAAGAAUGCCGAUUACUAUGAGAAGAUCUCAGAUCCCCUGGAUCUCACCACCAUUGAGAAGCAGAUCCUGACGGGAUACUACAAAACAGUGGAGGCUUUUGACGGGGAUAUGUUGAAGGUCUUCCGGAACGCCGAGAAAUACUACGGCCGCAAGUCUCCCAUCGGGCGGGACGUCUGCCGGCUGCGGAAAGCCUACUACAACGCUCGCCAUGAAGCCGCCGCUCAGAUCGACGAGAUCGUGGGCGAGACGGCCAGCGAGGCGGACAGCAGCGAGACCUCCCUGUGCGAGAAGGAGAACGGGCACGAGAAGGACGAAGACGUGAUCCGUUGCAUCUGCGGCUUGUACAAAGACGAAGGGCUCAUGAUCCAGUGUGACAAGUGCAUGGUGUGGCAGCACUGUGACUGUAUGGGCGUGAACUCAGAUGUCGAGCACUAUCUGUGUGAACAAUGCGAGCUUCGCACAGUGGAUCGGGAGGUACCAAUGAUUCCCCGGCCUCAUUACACCCAGCCUGGCUGCGUUUACUUCAUCUGCCUGUUGCGGGACGAUCUCCUGCUACGUCAAGGAGACUGCGUGUACCUGAUGCGAGACAGCCGAAGGACCCCCGACGGCCACCCGGUCCGGCAGUCGUACCGCCUGCUGUCCCACAUCAACCGCGAGAGGCUGGAUAUCUUCCGGAUUGAAAAGCUGUGGAAAAACGAGAAGGGGGAACGGUUUGCCUUCGGCCACCACUACUUCCGCCCGCACGAAACCCACCACUCGCCCUCCCGCAAGUUCUACCAUAAUGAGCUCUUCCGGGUGCCGCUGUAUGAGAUCAUCCCUCUGGAGGCGGUGGUGGGGACCUGCUGCGUGCUGGAUCUCUACACUUACUGCAAAGGAAGACCCAAAGGGGCGAAGGAGCCGGACGUGUACAUCUGUGAUUACCGCCUGGACAAGUCGGCGCACCUCUUCUACAAGAUCCACCGCAACCGCUAUCCGGUCUGCACCAAAUCCUACGCCUUCGACCACUUCCCCAAACGGCUGACGCCGAAGAGGGACUUCUCGCCUCAUUACGUACCAGACAACUACAAGAGGAAUGGAGGCAGGUCAUCUUGGAAGUCUGACCGCUCCAAGCCCCAGAGUAAAGAGCUGCCUCAGGAGGAGGAGCCACUCCCCCUUCCGGAAGAGGGCGUCGCCCACCCCGAGCCCCCUCCGGGCGAGCCGCCCGCCCAGCCGGAGGAGCCCGAGAAAGAGGCCCCUCCCCAGGAGAGCCUCGAGCCGGAGAAGAAGGCCGAGGAGGCCGGACCCGAGCCCAGGGAGCCCUGCAGCCCGGAGGAACGCCGGCACCUGCAGCGGGAGCGGCUGAACCACAUCCUGCUCGCCCUCUUAGAGAAAAUCCCAGGAAAAAACGCCAUCGACGUCACCUACCUGCUGGAGGAAGGCUCAGGCCGGAAGCUGCGGCGUCGCACCCUGCUUCUCCCGGAGAGCGGCUGCAGGAAGUGAGCCUGCAUCUCCUCCCCUCCCCGCCCUCCCCUGCAGCAGGGUGCAGUUUGCAAUUCCCCCUCCAGUCCUGGGUCAGGACCGGGAGCGCAAGACUGACAGCCGGGCCGGGCUUUGGACCUCUGCCGUCCCGCGUCUCUCGGCCCGCCCGGAGGCAGGAGGAGGCGUCUCGGUCCGGCCGAGCGGAAGGAAACUGACGGAACGGUUCUGUAGCACUUAGACCCUGCACUUGGGCAGGCAAGCCCCCUCCCUCUCUCCCCUGUACCCACCCACCCACCGUCCCCCAGGAGCGCUCAGCACCCAGCACCAGGGGAGGGGAGCCAGCCAUAGCCUCCUCCUUCCUCUUAAGGUACUAAGGAAGAACCCUCUCUCCCAUCCCCGGAGGACGCGCGCCGAUUCAUUUCAUUUAAUUUAUUCUUUUUCAUCCCCUGCCCCAUCCCGCUCUUGACAAGGAAAACGAGAAAAGGGAAGGGGGCGGUGGAGGACAGCUGCAGACCCCACCCAGUUUGGCACUGCCCUGUUUCUCUCCCCCCUUCCAGCCCCCCUGCCCCGGGCAUCUCCCUUGCUCCAAAUCUGGGGCUUAAGGGCCCGACAUGUGGCACUACACGGAGGUCUAGCACCCCUAAAGCAUUUGCAAAAAAAAGGGGGGGGUCUCUUGAAGGCACCGGAAUGAGAUUUGGGGGGGGGGAUUUUAUUGUCGGACAUUUUGCACACAAAGAGGCGUCCCGUUCUUACGGCUGCCCCCAGAGAAACCAUGGAUGGAUUUUCGGAAGCACUUGGGUCCCAUGUCGUCCAUCUCCAGAGAGGACGGGACAAGGGGGACGCUGCGCUUAAUUUUUAAUUUUUUUUUUUCUUUUUCCUCUCCCCGUCUCUCCUGCAGAGGGUUCCCCCCCCCCCCAAAGCAGGUUCCAGGUCCUCUUCUUUUUUGGGGGGGGGAGAAUUAUUAUUUCUACUUUUUUUUUUUUUUGCCUUCUCCCUCCUGCCCCCUUUUUGUACCAAGCUGUCGUUCUUGUGCGUCUUGGUGUAUAUCGUGGCGAAAAAAUAAAUAAUUUUUUUUUCCCUUUGAGGGAAGGGAAAAGGAGGGAGGGCGGGAAAAACGAGGCAAAAAUUCCCACGCCCACCAGGGAAAAAAAGAAAAUAGCCUUUCACUACACGAAUCGUGGAACAGUAUUUCCAAGCGAGCAUCUGCCGCCCAUGACACUACUUGCGUUUUUUUUUCCUUUUUAAUUUUUCUUUCUUUUUUUUUCUUCUUUUUUUUUUUGUCAAUUUCAAAAGACAAACUGUACAGCUUACCAAAUGGCUGCCUCUUAAAGAGGCAGUGUAUUUUGGACAGGGGCAGGAAGGUGGAAAAAAAAACAUCACCGUGGAAGACAACGACUGGGCCCAAAAAAAAAAGGAUUAUUUUUUUCUCUCUCUCUUCUCCCCCCCCUCCCCCGGUUUUGCUGCAGAGAUCAGCCUGGACUUUUCACGCUGGGGGGGGGGGAGAGAAAAAUAAAAAUAAAUAAAAGACUUUUCUUCAAACUUCUUCCUGAGCAGCGAAAAAAGUCGGACUUUUGACACUGACUCUUUCACGUAGCUUCGCGCUCUCGUUUGUUCGGCGUUCACAUUGCAUAUUCUGGUCCUGUUUUCGGUGUCCUUAUAAACAAAAAAAAAAAUCCUGUUUUUAAAUGUGCCAAGUUGUAUAUAUCUUAAACCUUUUUUUUUUCCCUUCUCUCUCGUGUGAUUGUAAAGCAAUAUGGUAACUCUCUCUCUUUCUUCCUCCCUCUCUUUCUCUCUCUCUCUCUCUCUCUCCAUGUUUUCUUCUGGAAGGACCAUGGUCCAACCACUGUACAUUUUCUCGUUUGACUAUAUAAUUCUUGUUUUGAUCUUAGUUUUGAAACGACAACGGAGGAAAAAACAAACAAACAAACCAAACGAAAACCCACGGCGCCAUUCCAUUUAUUAAACCUGAGGAUUUCAACGGUUUAAAAAAGGGGGGGUUUGGUGGGGGGAAAGAGAGAGGGGUUCCCCCCCCCCCGGGAUCAGGAGGGAUUAAACAGGAGGAAAAAUAACGACAGCCCUUUGAGGAAAAAGAAAAAAGAAAAUAUUUUAUUAAAAAAAAAAAGCAAAAAAAGGCAAAAGAGGAGAACUGUUCAGAAUAUUUUCUUACUGUAGAGAAGCGAUUGUAUAGCAGAACUCCAGAGUAUGUAAUACUCAACGUUGUGUCGUGCGGGCGGGCGGGACAAACCACAAAAAUCGCAUGUUUUAAAAAAA